AUGAGAGAAUCAAAUCAGUCAAUGAUCUCGGACUUCACUCUCAUGGGGCUCUUCAACCACUCAGGGACACAUCUGGUCCUGUUCUCCCUUGUGGCUAUCAUAUUCACUAUAGGCCUUCUGGGCAAUGCUGUCCUGCUCUUCCUGAUCCACACAGACUCCAGGCUCCACACUCCCAUGUACUUCCUGCUCAGCCAACUCUCCCUAUUGGAUGUUGGCUUUCCAUUGGUCACCAUCCCCAAGAUGGCAGCUGACUUCCUGCAGGGAGAGGGUUCCAUCUCCUUCGGGGGUUGUGCAGCUCAGAUGUUCUUCCUGAUGCUGAUGGGUAUCUCUGAAGGUGUCCUGCUAUCCCUCAUGUCUUACGACCGCUACGUUGCCGUGUGCCACCCCCUGCAUUAUCCUGUGCUCAUGAGACGUCAGGUCUGCCUGCUCAUGGUGGGCACCUCCUGGUUGUCAGGUGUGCUUGUGGCCUCCAUCCAGACUGCCAUCACCCUGCACUUCCCCUACUGUGCCUCACACACUGUGGAUCACUUCUUCUGUGAGCUGCCUGCUCUGCUGAAGCUCUCUUGUGCAGGCACAUCCACGUAUGAGUUGUCGCUGUCCAUCUCAGGGGUGCUGAUCUUGCUGCUGCCCCUGUCACUCAUCACCACCUCCUACAGCCAUGUGUUGAGGACUGUUCUCCACAUGCACUCUGCCGAGGCCAGACACAAGGCCUUCACCACCUGCUCCUCGCACAUCACUGUGGUGGGGCUGUUUUAUGGGGCAGCCAUGUUCAUGUACAUGGUUCCAGGCACCUACCACAGCCCACAGCAGGACAAUGUGGUUUCCCUCUUCUACAGCCUUGUUACCCCCACGCUCAACCCCCUCAUCUAUAGCCUGAGAAACCGAGAUGUUCGAAUGGCUUUGGUCAAGGUCCUUGGAAGAACUGAUUUUAGGUCAGAGAUGACCUGCUGGAGGAUUCUGCAUUGUUCCCGGGACCCUCCCUUACAGUUGAGGCCUGUUUCAUUUGCAGUUCAUGUGGUGCAAGGUGUACUAUAA